UGUGAAUAAAUGAGGGGCCGAAGCUCCGCACCCGGUGCGGUAAAUGUAACCGGGACAUGGGUGAAGGGAGUAAAGUCCGUCUGCUCUAACGCUGCGAAAGAGGGGAGAUCGGCCCCCGCCUCCGCAGCGCUUGAAGCCGGUCGCCGGGGAGGCGCCGCCGGCAGCGCCGAGGUGAAAGGUCGUGGGCGGGUCCAAAGGUCACUGCAGCGGGCGGGGGGGCAGAGGGGAGAGGGUGCUGGGCUCUGCGGAGGGGCUACCUCCUCAAAUCCCCGCCGCAGUGACAGGAGAGAAGCUGCAGCUAACUCCAGAACAGUUUAGUUUUGACUGAAUGAGCAUUGUUUUUGGAGCGAAUGACAGUGAUGAACAGGGGGCUAAUUGGUACGAUGUGCUCCCAUGUUUAUUGCUUCCAAAUUGCAAGAAGCAAUGGUCUCCGAGUCCGCCUUUACUGUUCCCAGGCCUCACAGAAAACAAUUACCAAGACUCUGAAUGAAAGUAAAGAUGCUACACACCUGAAAUUGGUAGAACUAGGAAAGAAUUUGAGCAAAAAAACUAUAGACCACAUCCGAGCCACAACGAACACCCUAUGGGAAAACUAUGAGGAGUUUGUUGGACUGAAAGAAGUUCAAGAGGCACAGCUGAAAGUCACUGAGGCAGAAAAAGCAUUCAUGGUUGCCCGUGGUGUUGUUCGACAAAGCCAGGAAACCCUUGAAGCCCAGCAUUUAAAACUGAAGGAGGUGCGGGAUAAAUUAGACAGAGUCUCACGAGAAGACAGUCGCUAUCUAGAGCUGGCUACUCAAGAACAUAAACUGCUUCAAGAUGAGAGACGACAUCGAACGGCGUAUGAAAAUGCAGAGGAGCUUGAGCGUGAGACGUUUGCUCUGUUUUCAGCAGCAGUGAGGGAAAGCCAUGAGAAAGAGCGGGCCAGAGCAGAGAGAACAAAAAACUGGUCUCUGGUGGGGUCUGUUUUAGGAGCCGUAAUUGGAGUCCUGGGGUCGACUUACAUCAACAGAGUUCGACUGCAAGAGCUGAAGGCAUUGCUUCUCGAGGCACAGAAAGGGCCGAUUAACUUGCAGGAAGCGCUUAAGGAGCAGGCCUCCGUGCACCAAACCCAGAACAAGGAGCUCAAUGCUCUCGUAACCAAUUUGAAGGAACUGGUGCUCCAGGAAGGUGCAGUGCAACAAGCAGGGAAGGCCACCACUAAAAUUGGAAAAUCAGAACCUGCUUUGAAACUGGAUCCUUUUUUGAUUUCUCUGAAAGAACAAGCAACUUCAUUGAAGCAGACCAAUGCAGCAUUAGAGGGGCUGGAACAAAAGGUAAAAAGUCUGCAAAUGUCACUUGGGCAAGUGGCUUCUGACAUCAAGAUAGUAAAAAUUGUCACGCAGACUAAGCCAUCACAAGCAAUGCCUUCGGAAUUGAUGCAAGAUUGGCAGACUCUAGCAACAGAGGAUGUGAUUGUUGGAUUAGCAGAGACUGAAAAGAGGCUGGAGUCUCGUAUCAGAACAAACAGCAUGUAUAACACAGUGCUGACGUAUGCUGCAUUUGCGCUCACACUACCAGUAUUGUAUGUGCUCUUCAGAGGGAAUUAAAGACGCUAUACCACAGAUGCUUGUAAGUUUUGUAAUGUUUGCCAAAAUUGGAUGCCAUUUUCCAGCAAAUGGUGCAAUUAAUCUCGGCAAUUGAUGUGCAUUUUUAUUUCAAAUGUGAAAGAGUUUGUGCUGAUCUGUACUUAUAAAUCUAGAACUUGUAUUUGCAUAGCAUUUCAGUGCUAAGAUAUCCAUAUGCAAUUUAACACUGGUAGAUUACUACAGAAAUGCUGAUGAUAUUUUGAUGUAGAGCAUUAAACGUUAAUGACCAUAGAAUGCACUGCUCACAAUUCCAAACCCUGCUUAAAUUCCUUCAGUAUCCAUGCCUCCUGGCAAUGUGCAAUACAUGAUGGUUGAAUCUAGCGCUUUUUAAAUCCUCAGAGUCUGUCUCCAGCCAUGAUUGUUACAUAUUUAAUUUUCUGUUUAAAUGGCAUUCCAAUUUUGCGUUGGGACAAAACGUGUACAAUGAUGGUGUCAAAGCAGCUUUAAUGUGUUUUCUUGGAUUGGCAUACAAUGCAUAUUUGCAAACAACAACGAUAUUUAUCGGUAAUGAGUACUGAAAUAUUUAAGGAACGGACCAAUACAAGCACAACCACAGCUAUUCAGUCUUAGUCAAAAUGCCAGGAUCUGCCUGUGCAUGACCACUGUUUGUAAAAAAAAAACUAUACAUAAUAAUAGUAAAAGUUAAUUCAAUAACAAUAUAGUUCCAUUGCAAAAAUGUCUAUAAAUUAUACUUUUCCCUUCCCAUGCCUUUUACAGAGGUGCCUUUUAUUUUUGCCCAACCUUUUAGUCACUUUUCAAGAGAUGGAUGACAAUGCAGUAUUGCAGCAGUUAAUGCUGCUACCUCUCAUCUCCAAUGACCUUGAUUCAAUCCUGACCCCAUUUGCUGUCUGUAUGGAGUUGGCAGUUUCUCCCUGUGAUUGCAAGGCAAGUAGUAGGAGAAUCGGAGGUUAACAGGACGUGAGAGAGGAUGGAUUAAAGGGAACCAUGUGGGGGUAGGGGAUUGAUGGGAUUACUGAGAGCUAGUAGGAUUUAAUGGGCUGAAUAGCCACCUAUGUUAAGAAAUAUGUGAUGAUCUAUUUUAAACAUUCCAGUGCUGUUCUGAUUCUUGGUAUUGGUUUAGUACUGGCCAUAAAAUGACCACACCUUUUAAAAACAAAAGUAGCUGGCCUCGAUGAGAUAAUGAGCAUCACUGCUUGAAGGGCCUCGGCACCUCCAGUUACCGGAUGCUGCAACUUAUUCUGAUUUGUGAAAAAACAUUAUAAAACUUGGGUUCAAUUCUGUACUACUAUUGCAGUCAUUUCAGAUUACAGCAUAGCGAUCUUGGAAGGUAUAUUCUUUGUGUUUCUGUGGUAUGGUGCAGUGCUUACAUGGUCUUCCAGCAGUUCAAUAGUGUUUCUGGUUUGGAUUUGUGAGUGGGCUGAACAAAUUUUAUUGCAACUAUUUUUGAGUAAAUAGAUCUAUUAAUCCAUAAUAAUAAUGAGGAAUUAUCCCCUAGAGAGUUCAGUUUGGAUGAGGUCAAUGAUCACCAAAUUUGUGAACACUAUCCUAUUUCUGUGCUACAUUUAGAAAUUUAACAUCAAUUGUGUAAUAAAGUAGGUUUUGUACAUAAGGUUUAAUAACUGAUGUCCAAAUGGUUGUGAUUUUAUUUUAAAGUAAAUAAACCAUGAGUGUAGAGUAAAAUGGUAAUUUGAUGUAAUUUGCUUCCAGGGCAAAAAUCAAAGCAAUGCUUUCAUUGAUGGGGCAGUGUUUAUAAUUGGCCUGGGAAUAUGCCCAAACUACAGAUACAGACCAGUCCUUACAGUUCACC